AUGAACGGAAUGCAUGCAGCCAGGCCUGCCAACCCCGCACGCGCUUCCCUCCCGCCAUUCGGCACCAAGGUUCAUAGCAGAUCAGCAUCGGGCUGUACUGCAACCAGGCGUGCUCAUCCCCCUCCUGUCUCCUUGCUUUUCCCUCCGCUCACUUUCUUCUCCCCUCUGGCCACCCCCCUCCCCUUCUCCCGGCGUGUCAUUGAAUAUGUGCAGGGCACCCCUCUGCCAUUCACUCGCCGUGUCAUUGAGACUGUUCAGGCCAACAUCGGGCUCUACUGCAACCAGGCGUGCCAUCCAACCCGCCUCCUCUCUCUUUCCCUUUCUUCCCCCUCCCUUCCACUCCCCGUCCCUCCCCUCGUCCUCCCUCCCCUGCAGGGCGCUCCCCUGCCCUUCACCCGUCGAGUCAUUGAGACUGUUCAGGCCAACAUCGGGCUCUACUGCAACCAGGCGUGUCAACACUGCCACGUGGACUCCUCACCGCUCAGAACCGAGAUGAUGGACCACAGAACAGCAGAGAGAGUGGUGCAGCUGGUGUCAUCCUGUCCAAGUGUGCGCUGUGUUGACCUCACAGGGGGGGCACCUGAGCUUAACCCUGAGUUCAGGUACCUGGUCACAGAGGCACGCAGAAUGGGCAAGGAGGUGAUCGACCGCUGCAACCUCACUGUGCUGUUUGAGCCGGGGCAAGAGGAUUUGGCAGAAUUCCUGGCAGCCAAUCAGGUGCAUGUGGUGGCGUCUCUCCCGUGCUACUCUGCUGAUAACGUCAACAAGCAGAGGGGAGGGGGAGUGUUCGACCUCAGCAUCAGGGCGCUUCAGCUUCUCAACGGCCUGGGGUACGGCAAGGAAGGCUCGGGUUUGGUGCUAGACCUGGUGUACAACCCGGUUGGCCCGUUCCUCCCCCCUGCUCAAGCCAAGCUGGAGGAAGCAUACAAGAGCGAGCUGAUGUCAUGCUAUGGCAUAUCGUUCAACAGCCUUUUCACCAUCACCAACAUGCCUGUCAAGAGAUUCGCUUCGUUUCUGCAUAGACAGGGCCAACUCGAGGACUACAUGCAGCUGCUGAUCUCUGCCUUCAACCCAGCAGCAGUGGGCAAUGUGAUGUGCAGAAACCUGAUCAACAUUGACUGGCAAGGCGCACUCUUCGACUGUGACUUCAACCAGCAGCUCGCCCUCGGCCUUCCCCCUAAGCCAUCCGCUGCAACGAACUCUCCCCUCGCCUCUCCUCCACCUCCUCCGCCUCGCACCGUUUUCGACGUCCAAUCACUGGAUGAGCUUGUUGAUCGCCCCAUAGCCACAGCAGCGCACUGCUACGG